AGUUUUCAGAGCGCAGUUGUUCUCCCUCCAGUCCGGUGUUGUGUUUGCUAAUCUUGAGCCGUAGCGAGAGGAGAAGAAGGAAGUGGAGCGCUGACGGACGGACGGACCUCUGUUUACUGCUGCUAGAAACAAGACUCCGCUUACACCGCAGGGAAUCGCGCUUUCUUCAUUCACUGGGUGUUUAUUUUUCUCUUCUUCUUGUCCUAUCCGAUAUUUAAGUGCGUCGAUAGUUUGAUUUUCUCUAAAACACACAAGUUCUGUGGAAAAUGGAUGUUUUACCCAUGUGUAGUAUUUUUCAAGAACUUCAAAUAGUUCACGACACGGGCUAUUUCUCAGCCUUACCGUCACUGGAGGAGUACUGGCAGCAGACGUGCUUGGAGUUGGAGCGCUACCUACAGAGUGAGCCAUAUGUCUCCUCAUCUGACCUGAAGUUUGACAGUCAGGAGGACCUCUGGAGCAAGCUGAUCUUGGCCUGCGGGGACAAGACCAAGGCCGAGUCUGACCCAAGGCUGCCUUUGGCCCACGAAGAGGACAAUCAGGACAGCCAGAUCUUGGACAGCAACAGUGUAAAUUCGGACGCCAGCAGCGAGGCUUCAGACAGUUCUGAAGAGCUCUCGCCCACGCACAGCUUUACCUCCAACCCUCUGGGUUCUGUCUUGGUUGGCUCUGGACCUUUUAGCCCCUCUGUCAUCAGCACUCCCCCGUCCUCUCCAGAGGCCACCCCGGAGCCCAGCGCCAUCGUGAACGGCUGGGUGGCCACGCACAGCGAGCUGCACUCGCCCGUCAAAAUCAGGAGCGGCGGAGCAGCAAAGGGCUCAGACAAGACGGGACUCACCUGCGGGGAGGCGUCUCCGGACGGCCGGAGGCGGGUACACAAAUGCCACUUCAACGGGUGUCGCAAGGUUUACACGAAGAGCUCGCACCUAAAAGCACACCAGCGCACUCAUACAGGUGAGAAACCAUACAGGUGUUCGUGGGAGGGCUGCGAGUGGCGCUUUGCACGGAGCGACGAGUUGACCAGACAUUUCAGGAAGCACACCGGCGCCAAGCCAUUUAAAUGCAAUCACUGUGACAGAUGCUUCUCCAGGUCAGACCACCUGGCCCUUCACAUGAAGAGACACAUCUAAAGCAGGGCCAGCACCAACCAAGCACCACAGCAAAGGGGGAAUCCUGUUCUUUUUGUUUUUUCUUAAAGUGGAGAGAGGAAAAAAAACAAAACAAACGCCGUCUCCCGACCAGUCUCAUGGUUGAACUGUCCCAGAGCAGAGGGGAGGGAGUGAGUUCCAGCCAAAGCAUGCUGUUUUGCACCAUACCCAGUGCCUCCGGGACCUCUCUUUGGAGAAGGGCGCUCUGAAGGUUGACUGUCGCAACAAGAGGACAGAAUCAUGGAUGUUGGGGGUGGGGGGUGUUUUUGAUUGAGGACUUUAAGCACGCACGCACACACACACACACAGACAAAAAGGACAAAAAUAACAAAAAAAACGAGAGACACGAGCAUAAAGAGUGAGUGACUUGUAUGUAUGGUGCAUGAUGUUCUGGGACAUCUCCAGGACAGCUGAUACACUGGUACUUUACAAACCCGUCUGAGGCAAGCAUGUGUGCACUGUGAAUGUCUGCAAUUGGCUGACUGCCCCCCCCAAGAGGAGGAUUAAAGCGGGGCUGAUGUGGACUGAGUGGGUUUGCGGGGGAACGUUCCCAGGUGGCGGUGUGAGGAGGAAGGUUGCACCUGCCCCGUCUGUGUGGCACCCAGACUCUGAAGAGGGAGAGGGGGGCUUCUCUGAGACCAUUUGGGGUUGGACCAGAGAGAGAGAGACGCAUUCUGGUGUGAAAACCACCCCCCUCCCUCCAGCGGGCCGCCGUCUGACAGGAGCUUUGUUUGGUGUUUUUUGGUGCAGCUACUAAAUGUGCAAUGUGUUAUGUAGCCUGGUUUAUUAUUUUUUUACAAGCUGCAAAGCUCCUUUGUAGUCCAACUGUAUAAGCUGUGUGCUUAGAGGUAUAACACGACCAUACUAUAACUUCAGUAUCAUAGACAGGUGUUGCAUGGUUCUAGGGUUUGUUCAUUUCCAGUUUCCACUGUAAUCAGAACUGCAAAUAGUUUCAAUAAAAGUGCAGCUAAGAAGCGAACGGUUAAAUGUUACGAUGUUGUACAUAAAGCUUCCAUGAUUUCUCCACAUCUCAUCCAUCUCCCUUCUGCUUUUCUGUCAUCUGCUUGGAGAUUUAACCGCGGGUUACUAAUUUACAUUCAUUUGAUGCCUCAAGGACUCAUUUUUGCAUUGUGUGUGAGCGAGUGUGUGAGUGUACUUUCUUUCUAUCUAAUAAUGCACUGUUGACCUGAAUGGUGCCUUAUGCAAGUGACUGGGCCCUGUGGUGGCGGCGGGCAGCCGCCCCCAGGAUGUCACGUUGAUUGUCUGGGUGAUGUGACAAGCUGGAUCACGGCUCAAUUACAAGAUUAACUCGUGCCUCUUAGCGACAGGAACGUUUCAUUUUUGAUUCUAGGAAAGUUUAGAAAUGUACCUAUUUUCAGUUAACUGCCUUUUAAUUUAAUUUUUGUACAUUUUUAAGUUGGAGUUUAGUUGAUCAGAGUUAAAUUAAGUCUGAACAUGUGUAAAAAGACAAAUGCUGUAUGCUAAGAGCACUUAAAUUCGUUUAGACUACUGUGUAGUAUGCACAACGACACAGAAAAGACCAGCUUAAACAAACAAAACACCUUCCCCACCAUCACCACUCACCCCUCCAUCCCUGCAAGUGGGACUGAAGAAAAAGCUAAAGAUUUAUUGUAAUUAACAGGCUGCAGUCGGACAGGCCUCGCCUUGUACUGCCUCUCCGUAAUGAAUUGCUAAAGGCUUUGUUGGCAUGGAAUCUGUCACAGACUGCUGACUGUGUAGGUUGGUUAUUGACCUGUCUGGAGCGCGUUGUUUUAGCCAAGCUGCAACAGUAUUAUGGAGACCACAGAAGCGAGGGUGUGUGUGUGUGUCAGUGGGGGGGUGCACAUCAGCACUGAUGAUGCACAUGAAAAUAAAAAGUAUCCCCAUGAUCUGAAGUUGGAGGAUGGAUGUGGCAGAGCUCCUCAUUAACACUUGAGGGUGGGGCGAUCAGGGCCUCCCGCUGCAGGUCAACAACCGGGCUGUAAGAGUCCAACUUUGCAGCAAGUCGCGUUGUGGCACGCUCGCUCCCAUGCAUGGAUUUCAGAUCAGAAAGGGCAAGGAGGCACGAUGAGUACAAACUUAAAACCGCGUAUUGCAGGAGAUUGGGGAGUGCAGGCGAGCAUCUUCCUCCUCCUCCUCCUCUCGGUAACAGCAGCAGUCGGGUCUGCUCCAGACAUAAUUGAGCCUUGAUUCAGCCUCAUGUUGGGUUUUUAUUUUUAUUUGCUCACAUCUUUUACACUUCCCAUCAUCGCUCUCAUCCCACCACCCAGAUGUUCAGUCUCUCACAGCUCUUUGUUCUCAACUCAAUCUUUGUACAAAAGGAAAAAAAAACUUUUGUAAAAUUGUUAUGUUUAUGCUUUAUGAAAUUUUUAUUUGAGAUUGUUUUGCUAAAUUGUUAUAUUUCUGUAUGAAUGUAUUUUUUAUUGGAAUAAUAAGAAAUUCUUAUCUGA